UGUAAACAAGAAGGCGGGCCUUGCGACCAACUAGAUCCCUGGAUUUCACUAGCUUACACGUUUCCUUUGGCUGAAGUUUUGUUCGUCAAAUGUCUUUAUGGCAUUGAUAUUUAAUGCUAUAUUAAUGUAGUACAGGCAAAUGUUUGGUCUAUUACAUUCAACGUCUUUUGUUUACUGGAAAGCCCUGUCAAACUUAGCCAGAAAUCGAUGCUUGUUGUCGAGGUCCCGCGAUCUUUUGUCAGCCGCAUCGUGCUCAAACAUGAAGCCAUCGACACCAGCAGUGAAAGCAGUCAUAUUUGACCUAGGAGGCGUGAUCCUGGAACAGCCACAAAGAGGCCUUAGAAGAUACGCAGAAAGUCUAGGUUUUCCAGGAUUCUUUUUGGAGAGUGUGAUGAUCAGAGGGCGCCCUCACAAUUCUUUUUGCAGAAUGGAAAGGGGAGAAAUAUCAGUAACCCAGUUUUACCGGGAAUUUGAGGCUGAAUGCCAGGAAGCAGCCAAAGAUGAAGGGCUUAAACUGCCAUCAAGUUUCCGUCCAGAGUCGAUGUGGAGUGAGAUGCACAGUGUUAAACCUGUUGCUGGGAUGCUGCAAGCUCUCAUUGCUUUGAAACAAGCUGGUUUGAAGACUUGUGUUCUAACAAAUAAUUACAUUGACGAUACAUCAUCAAAUCGACCUCAUUCACAUUUUAUGAUGUCGUUAAAAUCCUGUCUGGAUGAGAUAAUUGAGUCGUGCCGAGUGGGGCUUCGCAAACCUGACCCAGAGAUCUACAGAUUGACCUGUGACAGGCUGCAAGUGAAACCCUCUGAGGCUGUCUUCCUUGAUGAUCUUGGGCAAAAUUUAAAACCAGCCAAAGAACUUGGUAUACAAACUAUCCUGGUGCGAGAUGUGGAUAAAGCAUUAAAUGAACUGAAAGAGGCCACAGGCAUUGAUGUCUUUAAAACCCCCAGACCUCUUGCUGCACAGCCGAGUAAGGUAUCGCACUGCAACGUUGACCUGAAGGAUGGAAUACGCAUUCAUUACGUUGAUUAUGGAAGUGGCCCACCUGUCAUCUUCUGCCACGGCUUCCCGGAAAGUUGGUACUCUUGGCGUUACCAGAUACCAGCCCUGGGCAAUGCAGGCUACCGGGUGAUAGCUUUGGACCAGAGAGGUUAUGGGGACAGCAGCAAUCCACCAGAUAUUGAAGCCUACACACAGGAAAAGCUGUGUGGGGAUGUUAUUGGACUGAUGGAUGUGCUAGGCCUACCUCAAGCCAGUAUAGUGGGGCAUGAUUGGGGUGGAGCUGUUGUCUGGAACUUAGCUCUGAUGUAUCCUGAAAGAAUAAGAUGUGUUGCAGGGCUAAAUACACCAUUCUUUCCGCCAAACCCAAAGAGCAACCCAUGGCACGCGAUGCAAAAGGACCCAGGACGAUUUGAUUAUCAGAUGUACUUUCAAACACCAGGAGUCGCAGAGGCUGAGUUUGAAGGUGAUUUAGAGCGAACAUUCAAGAUUAUGUUUCGAUCGAGAGACCCGAAGGAUGCUUUAAAAUCUCCACAAAACUUGAAAAUUUCCACAGGCAAUGUUCGGGAACGGGGUGGCUUGCUUGUUGGAUCACCUGACAACGUCGCAAGAAGUGUGAUGCUAACGGAGGAGGACCUGCAGUAUUACAUCAAGCAGUUUAAAAAGAGUGGCUUUAGGGGUCCCUUGAACUGGUAUCGUAAUAUUGAGGCCAACUGGAAAUGGAUGUGCAAAGCUGCAGGAAGAAAGAUAUAUGCACCGUCCCUAAUGAUCACAGCUGGUCGUGAUACUGUUCUCACGCCAGCAUCAAGCAAACAUAUGGAGAAAUGGAUUCCAAACUUAAAACGAGGUCAUAUCGAAGUCUGCAACCAUUGGACACAAGUUGAAAGACCUAAAGAGGUAAAUGAGAUGUUAAUCAACUGGUUGAAUGGUGUACAUGCAAGUACAGAUACAAUAGAGCCAUCUAAACUAUGAAAAGAUUAAAACUGAAUGUUAUUGUAUGCAACACAAGAUAAUUCCCUCCACUGGACAUAGAGGUAUUAUAUGCAUAUGUCUCUAUGCAUUGAAUUCGUUUUCCUGGAUACUUUCUUUGAUAUUACUUAUAAAUUCUAUCAAUGAAGAUUCAAAUUAGUUAUCAUAGAAACAAUGAAAUAUGAGGACCAAAUCUUUAUACAAUCAAAUAUUAUUAAAAUACUGCUUUGGUCUCUAAUUAGAAUAAUAAAGAUAAGACAUAAUGUUAAUUUGGGACCACAGAAUAGGUGGUCUUUAAUUGGAAAUGUACGAUGGUAGAAUGUCUUGUAAUUUUUUCUAUUAAAGUAUACUGAAAUUGAAUACAUCUCUUAUUUCUUUCAUCAAAGUCGUUAUAUUUCCUGGUAAGCUGUAUCCUCACUAUAAACUCCGGUGUUUACAUUGGCCUGGUGAAGAUGCUGGUGGCGCCCUCAGCAAAGAUUUUCCGUGUACUGUAUAGCACAAACGUACAGGAAGUCAGGAUACUGGCUUUUUUUUUUAUUUUGUGUCAAAAAUAUUAAAGCUACAUUGAUGACAUUCACAUACAGCAUAUUUAAAUAUACUGUACAGUAUUAGGAAUGAACAAAAAAUAAUCCAAAGAAAUUAUAAUUUUUCCAUUUAUAUUUAAUUCAAUUUAAUUCUCGUCGUUGCAAAGGAGUCUAUGAAAUUGGAUGUUCCUAACAAUCGAACAAUGAAUGAAAUUUAUGCAUGAUUGCAGUGGUUUUAAUUUUUAAAUCAUUAACCUAAAAAACCUUAAAAUUUGAUAAAAACAAAAUGUCUAAGAAUAAAUGAAAUUUAUGCAUGAAUGCAGUGGUUUUAAUUUUUUUUUUUAAUGUCUUUCCAUUACCAAUUAAUAGGACAUAAUAAAGGGCACUUUUACCUAGACUUGCCACAAGUCUAAUUGUUUUUCCUAGUAUUAGAGAAAGACUAGUCAGACUUUCGAAGAAUGCCAUCAACAUCUGGUUAUAUCGGGAAACUUUGGAAACUUUUUAGCUUAUCCCAGAAAAGUAUACUAUACUAUGGAAUUCCAGGCAAAUAUGUAAUAUGGAACGUCAUUGGUGCCAAAAUCGAUUUAUUUUAAACUUUUUUCACUGAUUAAAACUAAGUUUAGGGACUGGAAUCCAGUCUAAUUUUUACCAAGCUCAUUUUGCACUAACAUAUAAAUUACAUAUUAUGUAUACAAACUAUUGAAUUAAACAAUGUGUAUCCUAAUUUUUAUAUUGGAUAAUGAUGAAAAUACAUAAUAAAACACACACAGAAGGCAACACAGAAAUGUUGAAUAUUAUCUGAAUUUACAAAUGCAAAUAGAUAAAAAAAACAUACAAGAUAUCAAAUGAAACAAAUUAAUUUAUGCCUUAACUAAAACGCCAACAUGAAUAAGAUUAUAAAAUAACCCACGAAACAUUAAU